UUUCCGGUUUCAUAUCAAAUUUUCAAUACAACAGGAAGGAUAAAAAGCCCAAACUUCCCCGAUCGUUACCCGGACUACAUCAUCCGACUUUGGAAUAUUACAGUGCCAGAUGGUCAUCUUAUCAAGCUCAACUUUACUUAUUUCGACGUCUCGCCCUUGCGGAUCUGUGACAGGGAUUUCGUGCAGAUUCAAGAUGGCCCCCUUGUAACCAGUGACGUCAUCGUGCGUAUGUGCGGUCGUGUAUCACCAGGGGAAACCGUGUUUUCAAGCGGUCAACAUCUGCAGAUCUAUUUUGAAACAGACGUCACAUUCUCAAGAAAAGGAUUUGAUGCGUCCUUCGAAGCUGUUAGUGAGUAG